AUGUCAUCAUCUGUCAUCCGUGCGUCGCUCCCUUGUCCAGGAAAAGAGCCGCAUCGCAACCCCACAAAUGGUCUCACCUUAUUCAAGGCGAGGAUAUAG